AUGGACACAGCGGAUCGCGUUCUUCAAGAGCUUCAGCGUGAGGUUGCCCAGGUUGAGCCCCUGCGGCAUCAGAUAGCUGUCUUUCAGGGUGAUUUGAGUGCAUACCAUCUUGAGGUCGAGGCUUUGCGUGCAGAAGUUAGUGCCUUGCGUGAUCAGAUCGCCCCUUUGCAAGAGGCCCACAUUCGUGCUUCUGCCCGCUUGCAGCCACGCCUUGUGCAUCCUGCUCCAGCCAUUGAAACCUUGACGGAGCGGGUGUUGCAUAACCAGAGCUGUUUUCAGUUUCUUGUUGUGGCGUUGCAGAGAACCUUCCCUCACGUUCAGUGGCAGUCCCUCCACGAGGACUAG